CAAACAGCCUUGCCAGAACUCCAGCACGAUGUGCUCCCGCGGAUCUUGCCACGACUACGAGUCCUCCUGCCACGGAUCCCGCUCCUCCUGCCACGGAUCCAGCUCCUGCCACUCGAGGCCCUCGUGCCACUACACCAUCCAGAGGCAGCCUGUGCAGAAGUUCAGCUACGUGACGCCCUGCUGCCCCCCGGUGCAGCCCUGCUACCCUCCAGUGCAGCGUUACUGCCCCCCCAUGCAGCCCUGCUGCCCCCCAGUGCAGCGUUACUGCCCCCCGGUCUGCCCCCAGGUCACCAAGAACAUCUGCAAGCUGCCACCGUCCUACCCCAAGUACUGA